UACAGAGAAAAGCUUCAAGCUCAGAUAUGGCUUUCCACCAAAGAUCGAUAAGUUUGCCAUCUAGGCCUCGCGUCAGUGAGACCGAUGUUGAGCAAGAGCUCCACAGCCUAGAAGCAAGCAUCUCUUCCUCCAACUCCAUCAGCAUGAUGUGCGAUGGUCUAAGGACUCUUGCAAACAUCUAUGAUGGUCUUGACGAGAUCAUUUGCCUACCAAGCCACCAAGUUUGCUCCUCCCAGCAGAGGAAGAUGUUGGAUGGAGAGAUGGAGUGCUCCGUUGAGCUGAUAGAUCUCUGCAACUACAUGCAAGAGACCUUCGCCGAGAUGUUGGCCAUCAUCCAAGAGCUGCAGGCGGCUCUAAGGAAAGGAGAUGAUGUAGCUGCUCAAGCCAAGAUCCAGUCCUUUACUCGCUUGGCGAAGAAGGCCAGGAAACAUUUCAAGACUGCCAAGAAGCCUGCAUCCGACAAGAUGGUCAUGCUAUUGACCAAGGCAAGAGAGAUCUGCAUCUCUCUGUUGGAGUCCACACUCCAUCUCUUGUCGAAGCAAAUUGAAAUGCCAAAGCAAUCACUUGUCUGCAAGGCAUUUUACAAGAAGAAGGCAGUUGUCUGCGAGGAGGAGCAAUUGCAGGAGUUAGAGUACAGCAUUGGAGAUCUUCAGAAUGGAACAGGAAAUCUGUUCAGGAAAUUAGUCCAGAACAGAGUUUCUAUUUUAAAUAUUCUUAGCUCAUAGAUACUCCACAUCACUCUACUCCCUGCGAUUGGCAUCCGCCUUUUUGAGGAUGAGCCGAUCUUGAGGCAGUUUUCCCAUAUGUAUACAGUACAAAUGUACAGAAAUUAUAGAAAAGAAGAGCAAAGUUUUGAUCCAUCUCAA